AUGGAGAGUAAACCAUCCAAAGAUGAUGCUGCGCUUUUGGAGCGCUUAAACGCUCUAAAACCUUCCACCGUCCAGCUGGGACGAACAACCCUUCCAUUUGAACUAUCGGACACAGACGUGGACGAUCAACCAAGCGUUGAUUUGUCUGCACGAUUCAUUGGCCUUGGUACAUCCACUUCGUUUGGAAAAUCUGAGCUCCAGCAAGGCGAUCUGGAUUCCUUUAUCAACUCCGGGGAUGAAAUAGAAGGUUUACUUUCAGACCUCCAGAGCAAGAUCUGGGAGCAGUCCCGGGAGGUGGACAACGGGGAGGAUGUUGAAAAUUUAAUCAAGAAAUCCAAACAGUUUUUGGAUUCUUCUUCUCAGUAUAGGGACCUAAAAACUCAUCGUGAGCGUCGUCCAUCGCAGUCGGGGGCCAUCAAAGCAAUUGAUACCGACCACAGUUCGGAAGAUAAAGACGCUGAUGAUUAUCUCCAAAGGGUUCUUGAUGAACUAAAAAUGGCGGACUCGCCGGGGACAGAGACAGAAGACCUAUCAACUCGGUAUGCGGCAGGGAACAUAAAACAAGCCGUAUUAAAUACGGAAUCGGACACUGAGACAACUAAACCACCACACUCAACCUUCCUAACAUCAAUCCUUGAUCUUCCUUCAACCCCAUCAGCACUCCGCUCCCCACCACCUCAGGAACCUCAGCCCAAUCCCGACCCUAAUUCACCAGAGCUCCCCUCUGCGCCUACAUUCGUGCCUGCGGAAAACCCUAUCCACAUCACUAGCAGCCAACGCAGUCGGCGCUGGAAGGACAUCAGUGAUAACCUGAAGCCAUUUUGGUGUUGUAUCUGCAGCGAUGAUGCUAGCAUAAAAUGCAUUGACUGCGAGCUGGAAUUGUUGUAUUGCGCUCGUUGUUGGCGAGAGGUGCAUGUUGAAGAGGGAGAUUCGGAGGAGAGAGCUCAUAGGAAGGUUAAGUUUGAGAGGGAUAAAUCAUGA